CAAGGAUACUAAAACGCAAGCAGGCAGCUGCGGGUCCUCCGACGGCCCCGCGCGCUGGCCCUUCCCCCGCAGGCAGCUGCAUAGGUGUCCUGAGCUGCGCCUGAGCAGGGAGCAGACGCCUGGACCAGCAGCUGUGAGCCAGCGCCCCAGUGAGUCCCUGCUUCUGCUCAGGAGACGUCUCCUCCGUGCGCCCAGAGCACAGGCCUGCGACUCCGCCUCCGGGGCGCUGGAACCACAGGACCGCGGAGGCGAGCACCGUGCCGCACUCACGAGUCCGCGCUCCUGUGGGCUGCGCCCAAGGCUAGGCCUUGGAAAAUGAGUCUGGACUUCAGCAGAGCAGAAACCUUUGAGAAACAUGAAGCCCUCAGCCACCUGGAACUCAGAAACUCACUGGGGACUGACUGUGGCUUCUAGAACGCCCAGGUGUUCAGCAGAUGUGAGCUUUUAUCCUGCACUCACUCACCAGCUGGAGUCCCAAACAGAUGCGAGUCUUGGGCUCUAACAUCCCUGAGCACAGAAGAGUCACUCUCUAAGUGGCCAAAGGUCAGUUGUUGACACUGACAUCUGAUUCUGUGCACAGCCCGCCAUCUUACGGAGCUGCAGUGGGGAAAGCCAACUUUGGGGUUGCAAGUUUCCUGACUCUCUUGAAUUAGGAUUCCAGAUGGGGGCCUCAUUUCUGCAGCUCCCACCUCUUCUUGGUACCACUGCCACCUCCUGCAACACAAGUGUCUUCCUGCAACCCUCCGGUCUCCAGGGAUCCCCUGCAUUGAAAGGAACAAAAGGGAGCUCUUAGAGACGUCUCUGGUGGUGGCCCGCCAGCACUCCAGACAGUUGGACUCCCCCUCUUACCACCAUGGCCUUGCUUUAUCUAAAAGUGUUACUGGUGGGGGUGAGUUUCUUGGGAUGUCUUUAUCCUCUUGUGGAUUUUUGCUUCAGUGGGGAAACAAGAGGCCAGAAACCGAAUUUUGUGAUCAUUUUGGCAGAUGACAUGGGGUGGGGUGACCUGGGAGCAAAUUGGGCAGAAACAAAGGACACUGCCAACCUUGACAAGAUGGCUGCUGAAGGAAUGAGGUUUGUGGAUUUCCACGCAGCCGCCUCCACCUGCUCACCCUCCCGGGCCUCCCUGCUCACUGGCCGGCUCGGCCUUCGCAAUGGUGUCACACACAACUUUGCAGUCACCUCGGUGGGGGGCCUUCCACUCAACGAGACCACCUUGGCUGAGGUGCUGCAGGAGGCUGGCUACGUCACCGGGAUGAUAGGCAAAUGGCAUCUUGGACACCACAGCUCUUAUCACCCCAACUUCCGUGGUUUCGAUUACUACUUUGGAAUCCCAUACAGCCAUGAUAUGGGCUGCAUGGACACCCCGGGCUACAACCACCCUCCUUGUCCAGCGUGUCCACGGGGUGCUAGAGCAUCAAGGAGCCCUGAGAGGGACUGUUACACUGAUGUGGCCCUUCCUCUGUAUGAAAACCUGAACAUCUUGGAGCAGCCCGUGAACCUGAGCAGCCUUGCGCAGAAGUACACCGAGAAAGCUACCCAGUUCAUCCAGCGUGCAAGCACCAGCAGAAGACCUUUCCUGCUGUACGUGGGCCUGGCUCACAUGCACGUGCCCUUAACCAGGACGCAGCUGUCCGCAGACCCACAGGACCGUACCCCAUAUGCGUCAAACCUCCGGGAGAUGGACAGCCUGGUGGGCCAGAUCAAAGACCAAGUUGACCGUGUAGCAAAAGAAAACACAUUCCUGUGGUUUACAGGAGACAACGGCCCGUGGGCUCAGAAAUGUGAGCUGGCAGGCAGCGUGGGUCCCUUCACUGGAUUGUGGCAAGCUCAGCAAGGGGGCAGUCCAGCCAAGCAGACCACCUGGGAAGGAGGGCACCGGGUCCCGGCAGUGGCUUACUGGCCUGGCACUGUCCCCACCAAUGUCACCAGCACCGCCUUGUUAAGCGUGCUGGACAUCUUCCCCACUGUGGUAGCCCUGGCCGGGGCCAGCCUGCCCCCAGGCCGACACUUUGACGGUCUGGAUGCCUCUGAGGUGCUCUUUGGUGGAUCGCAGACUGGACACAGGGUGCUGUUUCACCCCAACAGUGGGGCAGCUGGAGAGUACGGAGCCCUACAGACUGUCCGUCUGGAGCAUUACAAGGCCUUCUAUGUCACCGGUGGAGCCAAAGCCUGUGAUGGGAGUGUGGGCCCUGAGCGGCAUCACGAACCUCCCCUUAUAUUUAACCUAGAAGACGUUGCAGAAGCUGUGCCUCUAGAACGAGGCAGUGCCGAGUACCGGAGCGUACUGCCCAAGGUCAGAGAGGCUCUCGCAGGUGUCCUUCAAGACAUUGCUCACGACAACAUCUCCAGAGCGGACUACACUCGGGACCCCUCGGUAACUCCCUGCUGUAAUCCCCACCAAAUUGCCUGCCGCUGCCAAGCCGCCUCCCAGACCGACAUUUCCACAAGCAGAAACAUCGGGAAAUGAGACGGGGCAAGUUCACCCCCCAACUUUAGUCUUACCUUCUUUAGUUAUGUCUGUGUUACAAAUAAGUCUCAGAAUGUGGUUUUGAAGCCACCACCUUGCGUCCCCCACUGUCCGUUCUGCAUGCUGGCUUGAGAGGACAGCUGUGCUGAGCUGUGAUGGGAAGCGUACCUGCUUCGGAGUCAGACCAGGUUCAAGCCCCAGCUUUUGAACUUAGGCCACUAUGUCACCUAACUCGCAAGGUGAUUUUGAGAAUUCAGUAAGGCAGUACACGAAAGUGCCUUGCGCGCCGCGUUACCUGACACUUGAGGCAGGCGCUCAGUCCAUUUUAGGUUUUUUGUUUGUUUGUAGUGCACCCAGUUUCACUGGUCGUUUUAGCAGAGAUUCAUUCCAGCUGGUAUCUAGAGCAGGGCCUCUCCACUUGCAAUGUGCACAUAGAUCGGCCGGGAUCUUGUGAAAGUGCAGGUCGUGGCUCGGAAGGCCUGGGGAGGGGCUGAGACCGUGCACCUCUGGGACACUUCUGGGGCUCUGACUUCAGUAGCACGGCUAGCGACUAGACCAAGUCAGAUGUCUCCAGGCAGAGGAGCCCGCAGAUAAGUCAUGGCCCGACCCACCUCCCCCACCCCCGUUUGAAGGUCAAAACGGCUGUAUUUUAGAGUUAAGGCGUUCUUCCUGCUUCCUAAAACCACAAAGAAAUACAUUUUUAGAGCCUCAAAAUGCAUUGCCAUGAUUUUAUUAUUAAUUAGUGUCCUAAAGGGGACUCAAAGUUAAUAAAUGAUUUAUUCCAAACACUGCAACAGUACUUUGCCUGGCGAAAAUAGUCUCUCUCUAGAUGAAAUGUACAAGAAAUACAAUUCGAAGACAUUUCCCUAUAAGUACAUUUUUACACAGCAUACAUUUGAAAAGGAUGCCCUUUUUAAUAUAAAAUUCCGGUUACAGACCAAUAUGGUUAGUUCGCAUUGACGCCACGGCUGUAAUAUAUUUUAAAUAGCGGGACGUGUGCAGUGUCCCCCACACCCACUGGCAGCCAGGGCUGAGGAGGGCUCGGUGAGCAGGGAACCACGUCCUGUGGCUUAAGCAGGAGGCACCUGGGAUUCCAGCCCCCCAUUCUGUGCCCACAAUCGCACUCCAUUCUUCCUUGUGUCUCCAAAAACACCUGACAGGGGGUGUCCUGAUUUCUGAGGUGCGCGGCUCAUCAUGACUGCUUCGUUUUGCCCUUCUGACUUCCACGGCACAACAUUAUCUACCGAAAUCAAAACAGAAUGGCCUUACUCUCUCCAGGAAGAGGCUGUCGGGCAGGCUGCGGGAUUGACAGAUCUGCGCCCUUGCAGGGCCGGCGGGGGGAGGCCGGGCAUACACGGCCAUGGAAAUUCACCCAUCUUAUGCAGGUGUGGAGGAGGAUGGCACAGUUUCAGAAGAUACGGACUAUAUAUAAAAUAUGUGUAUUUUUUAAAAAGGCUCAUCUUGUAAACACAGACUGCUAAAUCACUAUUAUAUUAAAAGUCGGGAGAUCCC